AUGCUAUUGACGCCACCAUCGUCCCCUCAACUCGCGACUUGCCUUGCACCAGAGGACCGAUUGGGGUGUGUUUUAGCCGGACGACUCGAACUGGUCUCUAUCCUAGGAAUUGGCGCUUAUGGAGUGGUCUACCAGGCCAUCGACAGACUCACAAACAUCCCCUAUGCCGUGAAGGCCCUCCCCAAAGUUGGAUUGGAUCCCAGACAACGACGUUUCCAACGGCGCGAGAUUGCCCUGCACCACCAAGCCAGCCAACAUCCCAAUGUUGUGUCCCUGCUUCGCAUCUUGGAGAGCCCGGACUGCACGUUUGUGGUGAUUGAGUUCUGCCCCGAAGGCGACCUGUUCUCCAACAUCACCGAACAUGGCCGAUUUGUGGGCGACGACCAGCUGGCCAAGCAUGCUUUCUUGCAAAUUUUGGAUGCCGUUCAGUACUGCCAUUCCAUCGGGAUCUACCACAGGGACCUCAAGCCUGAGAACAUCUUGGUGACCAACAACGGCCACACCGUCAAACUCGCCGACUUUGGGCUUGCCACCACGGAUUCCAUCACGUCGGACUUCGGAUGUGGGUCCACGUUCUAUAUGUCCCCAGAAUGUCAACAAGCGCCAACACGGCCGUAUGCCCGCUAUGCCGCUGCACCCAACGACGUCUGGAGCCUUGGCGUUAUCCUCGUGAACUUGACCUGUGGUCGCAAUCCCUGGAAGAAGGCAUCCCCGGAUGAUUCCACGUUCCGUGCCUUCUUAAAGGACCCCAAGUUCCUCAGCUCGAUCUUGCCCAUCUCCCCCGAGCUGAACAUGAUCUUGAGACGCAUCUUCGAGUGUGACCCACACAAGAGGAUUACCCUCCAAGAGCUCCGCGAAUUGAUCCUCAACUGCCCGAGGUUGACGGCCAACUCGUACAACACUCUUCCCCCGUCGCCUCCCGCGUCUCCCUACGACUACGUGGAUCCGAUGGAUUGCGCCAACAUGGCUCUCCCACCCUCGCCACCCGCCUCCCCGUCUCCGCAACAACAUUUCCAACCUCAACCCUCGGAGUGGUCCUUGUUUGAACCUGCCUCCAAGCAGAGUUCGUCUUGUUCUUCCCUUUCCACGGAUUCUGGAUACGAAUCCGAGGCUCCGUUCCAUGAUGCUGGCCAACGUAUACAACCACCUGUCUUCAACUUUUAUGGCAACGUUAUUCCGCUGAACGAGCACGAAAAGCCUUUCUACCCGCAACCGAAUUUUGUUCCCUCGGUUGCCGCCUUUUAA